GCGGCUGGAGUCGAGCGCACAGCGUCGCCAGCCGCCGCCGGUGCGGAGUGUGGGGAGCACUCGGCCACAGCCCUUGCCUGCCGCGGAGGGUCCUGCUCCGCACUGCUGGCCAGGCGGCCCAGUGCCCCGGCCUUUCCGUCCUUGGAGCGGAUCGUUGCUCGCCAGGAGCCCUCCCGCAGCAACAGCGAAAGCCACAGCAGAGGCCGCGGUGGCGGCUGUGCCCAUGCCGGGGUGUUCACACUUAGCCUCUUUCCCACCACCACCUUGCCUCACCUCAACACUGGGAUCUUAGGUGGCCAGCUGUCCCUAGCUGCAACUGAGUUGAGGCAGCACCUGUGAGAAGGCUGACCGACAGGAUGGGCGACAUGGCAAACAGUUCCAUUGAGUUCCACCCCAAGCCCCAGCAGCAGCGGGAAAUGCCCCAUGUAGGUGGCUUUGGAUGCACACUGGCAGAACUACGAAGCCUCAUGGAGCUCCGAGGUGCUGAGGCACUGCAGAAGAUUCAAGAAGCUUAUGGGGAUGUCAGCGGGCUAUGCAGGAGAUUGAAGACCUCACCUACUGAGGGCCUGGCAGACAACACCAAUGACUUGGAGAAACGCAGACAGAUCUAUGGGCAGAACUUCAUCCCCCCAAAGCAGCCCAAGACCUUCCUGCAGCUGGUAUGGGAAGCCCUGCAAGACGUGACUCUCAUCAUUCUCGAAGUGGCUGCUAUCGUCUCCCUGGGCCUCUCCUUCUAUGCACCUCCUGGAGAGGAAAGUGAAGCCUGUGGGAAUGUGUCUGGUGGAGCAGAGGACGAAGGAGAGGCUGAGGCUGGCUGGAUUGAGGGGGCUGCCAUCCUACUCUCUGUCAUCUGUGUGGUACUGGUCACAGCCUUCAAUGACUGGAGCAAGGAAAAGCAGUUUCGAGGUCUUCAGAGCCGUAUUGAGCAGGAGCAGAAGUUUACUGUCAUCCGAAAUGGGCAGCUCCUCCAGGUCCCUGUGGCAGCCCUGGUGGUAGGGGACAUUGCCCAGGUCAAAUAUGGAGAUCUUCUGCCUGCCGAUGGUGUGCUCAUCCAAGGCAAUGACCUCAAGAUCGACGAGAGCUCCCUGACUGGCGAGUCGGACCAUGUUCGAAAAUCAGCAGACAAAGAUCCUAUGCUGCUCUCAGGCACUCAUGUCAUGGAAGGUUCUGGAAGAAUGGUGGUAACAGCUGUUGGUGUGAACUCCCAGACAGGCAUCAUCUUUACAUUGCUUGGGGCAGGUGGAGAGGAGGAGGAGAAGAAAGACAAGAAAGGCAAGCAGCAGGAUGGGGCGAUGGACAGUAGCCAAACCAGAGCUAAGAAGCAGGAUGGGGCUGUUGCCAUGGAAAUGCAGCCCCUGAAGAGCGCUGAGGGUGGGGAAAUGGAGGAGCGGGAAAAGAAGAAAGCCAACGUACCCAAGAAGGAGAAGUCAGUUCUGCAAGGGAAACUCACAAAACUGGCUGUGCAGAUUGGGAAAGCAGGAUUGGUGAUGUCUGCUAUCACUGUCAUCAUUCUGGUCCUCUACUUUGUGAUUGAGACCUUUGUCGUGGAUGGCCGGGUAUGGCUGGCAGAGUGCACACCAGUGUAUGUGCAGUACUUCGUGAAGUUCUUCAUUAUUGGAGUUACUGUGUUGGUUGUGGCUGUCCCUGAGGGACUGCCUCUUGCUGUUACUAUCUCCUUGGCGUAUUCUGUCAAGAAAAUGAUGAAGGACAAUAACCUGGUACGCCACCUGGAUGCCUGUGAGACCAUGGGCAAUGCCACAGCCAUCUGUUCUGACAAGACGGGCACACUCACCACCAACCGCAUGACAGUGGUCCAGUCCUACCUAGGAGACACCCACUACAAAGAGAUCCCAGCUCCCAGCGCCCUGACCCCCAAGAUUCUUGACCUUCUGGUUCACGCCAUCUCCAUCAACAGUGCCUACACCACCAAAAUUCUACCUCCAGAGAAAGAAGGCGCUCUCCCACGACAAGUGGGCAACAAAACAGAGUGUGCUCUGCUGGGCUUCGUCUUGGACCUGAAACGCGACUUCCAACCUGUACGGGAGCAGAUACCAGAAGAUCAGCUUUACAAAGUGUAUACUUUCAACUCAGUUCGCAAGUCCAUGAGCACAGUUAUCCGCAUGCCUGAUGGUGGCUUCCGCCUCUUCAGCAAGGGAGCCUCAGAGAUCCUGCUCAAAAAGUGUACGAACAUCUUAAACAGCAAUGGUGAACUUCGAGGAUUUCGUCCUCGGGACCGGGAUGACAUGGUGAAGAAGAUCAUUGAGCCUAUGGCUUGUGAUGGCCUCCGCACCAUCUGCAUUGCCUACAGGGACUUCUCUGCUAUCCAGGAGCCUGACUGGGACAAUGAGAGUGAGGUGGUUGGUGACCUUACCUGCAUAGCUGUCGUGGGCAUUGAGGACCCUGUGCGACCUGAGGUCCCUGAAGCCAUUCGAAAAUGCCAGCGUGCUGGCAUCACAGUCCGUAUGGUGACUGGAGAUAACAUCAACACUGCCCGGGCUAUCGCAGCUAAGUGUGGCAUCAUCCAGCCAGGGGAGGACUUCCUGUGCCUGGAGGGGAAGGAAUUCAACAGAAGGAUUCGAAAUGAGAAAGGCGAGAUUGAACAGGAGCGGCUGGACAAGGUGUGGCCCAAGCUGCGGGUGCUUGCCCGGUCAUCUCCCACUGAUAAACAUACUCUGGUCAAAGGCAUAAUUGACAGCAUGACUGGUGAGCAGCGACAGGUGGUGGCAGUGACUGGAGAUGGCACCAAUGAUGGGCCAGCCCUCAAAAAGGCAGAUGUGGGCUUUGCCAUGGGCAUUGCAGGCACUGAUGUGGCCAAGGAGGCCUCUGACAUCAUUCUGACUGAUGACAACUUCACCAGCAUUGUCAAGGCAGUCAUGUGGGGCCGCAAUGUCUAUGACAGCAUCUCCAAGUUCUUGCAGUUUCAGUUGACAGUCAACGUGGUAGCUGUGAUCGUGGCCUUCACGGGUGCCUGCAUUACUCAGGACUCUCCUCUCAAAGCUGUGCAGAUGUUGUGGGUGAACUUAAUCAUGGACACAUUUGCCUCACUUGCCCUGGCAACUGAACCCCCAACUGAGUCACUGCUGCUGCGGAAGCCAUACGGCCGGGACAAGCCUCUCAUCUCACGCACCAUGAUGAAGAACAUCCUUGGACAUGCUGUCUACCAGCUCACCAUCAUCUUUACCCUGCUAUUUGUUGGAGAGCUUUUCUUCGACAUUGACAGUGGUAGGAAUGCACCUCUGCACUCACCACCUUCAGAGCACUACACCAUCAUCUUCAAUACGUUUGUCAUGAUGCAGCUUUUCAAUGAGAUCAAUGCUCGCAAGAUCCAUGGUGAGAGGAAUGUCUUUGAUGGCAUCUUCAGCAACCCCAUCUUCUGUACCAUUGUCCUGGGGACCUUUGGAAUUCAGAUUGUCAUUGUCCAAUUUGGAGGGAAGCCCUUCAGCUGUUCCCCACUGUCCACAGAACAGUGGCUCUGGUGCCUGUUUGUUGGUGUUGGGGAGCUGGUCUGGGGACAGGUCAUUGCCACCAUCCCCACCAGCCAGCUCAAGUGCCUGAAGGAAGCAGGGCAUGGGCCAGGGAAGGAUGAGAUGACUGAUGAAGAGCUGGCCGAAGGGGAAGAAGAAAUCGACCAUGCUGAACGAGAGCUCCGCAGGGGCCAGAUCCUCUGGUUUCGGGGCCUCAACCGGAUCCAGACACAGAUGGAGGUAGUGAGUACCUUCAAGAGAAGCGGGUCAUUUCAGGGUGCUGUGCGCCGGCGGUCUUCGGUCCUCAGCCAGCUCCAUGACAUCCGGGUGGUGAAAGCAUUCCGUAGCUCGCUUUAUGAAGGCCUGGAGAAACCAGAAUCCAAGAGUUGCAUCCAUAACUUCAUGGCAACACCCGAGUUUUUGAUCAAUGACUACACCCACAAUAUCCCGCUCAUCGAUGACACAGAUGUGGAUGAGAACGAAGAGCGCCUGAGGGCCCCGCCUCCCCCACCCCCUAACCAGAACAACAAUGCCAUAGACAGCGGCAUCUACCUGACCACGCAUGCCACCAAGUCAGCUACCUCUUCAGCAUUCUCUUCCAGGCCUGGGAGCCCACUACACAGCAUGGAGACAUCCCUCUAACCAGAACUUCUCUCAGCACAUGUACACACACACACACACACACACACACACACACACACACACACACGUGCAGUCACACAUGCACCCAGAGAGGAGAACCCGUGCACCUACCAAAGAGGGAAAUGACUAACAUGGCUAAAGACUUUACUUAUGUGGUUUUUGCAGGAAGCCAAUUGCAUUCAAUAAGGGCACAGCCUACUAGGCUUCUUACUAGGUUCCCAUGAGGUGGGGGAAGGAGAAAGAAGGAAAAGGGAGGAAAGGAGGUUCUUCGCACAGUAUGAAGGAAAAAGGGAGCAUGAGACAAGAUGCGCUUCCCACCAUUUUUCUACUGAUACUUCUUUUUUUAAUGAACACUAGUUCCACCAUUUGUUCACCAUUUGGGCUGUGCAAUGCGGUAGGGGCUACCUGAGCCUAUUUGGAGCUUUGCUAUACCCAUAUCAAAAAAAAAAAAAAAA